UGCAGGGACUUAAAAAGGGGGUUACCGGAAGGAUGUUAUUAUGAGGAAAUUGUCUCGUCCGGUCUGCUUGUUCCGUGUGCUGCACAAAUCGGGACAAAGUGAGCGGAUCUCUGGUGUCCAAGACGAAGACGCGUGGGUGGCAUUAGGCAAAGCAUAAAUCUCUAUCUUUCAUAAUUGGCGUCGUGUCGUCCCCUGUGUUGGAUUGCAGGGUCUCGGUGCCGAGCUACCUUGGCUUUAGCUCUCCAUCCAGUCUGUUUGGUCUGUUUUUCUUUCUUUCUCUCUCUUUUCCUCCAGCUGAACCCUGAGGCCGACGGGGCGGACGCGCCGCGCCGCGACCUGCGGCGGGACCCGGAGUGGGCGGGGCUCCCGGGCUCCGUGACGUCAUCGGCCCGGACCCGCCGCCGCAGCGCGCGUCACCCGGACCCUCUGCCGAGCCCGCUUUCCAUCAGGAGGGCUUCGCUUUCAGCAAUCAGAGGGGGACUCACACCUUUUUAUUUAAUUAUUUAUUUUUUUGGGGGGGGUGGGGCACGUGUUUUUUUUUUUGUAUUGCGCGACCCGAGUUUUUUUUUUUUUUUUUUUUUUUUUUUUUUGUAAAUCACGGGAAAUAAACGUAUCGGGGAGGAGAGCGCGUGUUUGGAUGGGAGCGACUCAACGCGGAUGUGUCAGCUGCUGCAGUCCUUUUGUCAGAGGGGGAUGGCUGCAGACAACUACUUGACAACACAUUCGUGAAUCGGAGACAUAUGUUCCGCGCAACUCCAGUCAGUCUUCUCGGCCAUAAUGGAUUCAGAUGACGACCCCUGCCACAGCAAGCGCCACAUAGACUCCAGCAAGAGCCCGCUGAUCAGCGCCAUCAUGUUCGCGGCGGGCAUCUUCGGCAACGUGGCUGCCCUGGUGAUCCUGGAAGUCCAGCGGCGCCGAGAGACAAGCAGCCGGGGCGCGUCGAGACGAGCGUUGUUUCAUGUGUUCAUCACGGCACUGGUGGUCACGGACUUGGCGGGCACCUGCCUGAUCAGCCCGCUGGUGCAGCUGGCGUACGCGCGCAACACAACCAUGGUGGGGAUGUCACUCGAAGAUAAUAGUGUGUGCUCAUAUUUUGGUGUCAGCAUGACCUUCUUCAGUCUGGCCACCAUGUCGCUCCUCUUCACCAUGGCGCUAGAGAGAUGCUUUGCCAUUGGAUAUCCUUACCUGUACAGCCGGCACGUCACUAAGAAAUGUGCCUAUGUAACAAUCCCGUUGUUGUUUGUGUUAUGUAUGAUAUUCUGUCUCCUCCCUUUUGCCGGGUUCGGCAAAUAUGUACAGUACUGCCCUGGCACGUGGUGCUUCAUUGACAUGAACCCGGUGCAAAGCGAGGAUCGGGCCUACGCCAACCUGUAUGCUACGAUCAUGCUGGUGUUGGUGCUGGCCAUCGUGGCGUGCAACGGCUUUGUGGUGUUCCAGCUUUUCAGCAUGUACCAACGCCGGAAGAGGAACGGUGGCUCGGCGAUGGCAACCAUGAGAUCUCAGAGUGACCGCAGAGCGAUGUCCAUAGCCGAGGAGGUGGAGCAUCUCAUCCUGCUGGUCUUCAUGACCACCAUCUUCAUCAUAUGCACACUGCCACUUGUGAUCCGGGUGUACAUCAACUCCAUAGGAACUCCAAAAGAGUCCCACAGAUUAGACCUGAUUGCCCUCCGCUUCAUCUCUGUCAACUCCAUCAUUGACCCGUGGGUCUUCAUCCUCCUCUCCCCCAGUGUGCUGCACUUUUUCUGGGCAUCGGUCUGCAGGGCAGUACUGAUGUUUCAAUCAUCAAUGACUAAAGCUAAUACCACCAAUCUAGAAUUGUGUCGCACAUCGUUGGACUACACUUCCCAUUUACACUCGGUGGAAAAUUUAUGACCAUAGCAUCACAUUAUAUUUUGAUAUGUGUAUUUAUUGGAAACAUUAAUGGAUAGUGUGUUCCCCUCAGUGAUUAAAUGAAGUGGAGAGACUUUGCGGGCCACAUCUAUUCCCUCUAGCUGGUAUUUUGUUUCCAUGACAAAAUGGCCCUUUCUGUCUAUCUGAUAAGAAAUUAUCAGGUUCAGUCAGCUGGAGGCCAUCUACUUUAAGCAAUUUAGAAAACUGUAUGUAUGUGGAAUGCAUAGUACCUUCUCUACUGCUUUGUAUAUUAAUGAUGAAAGCUCAACAUUCCAUCUCCCUUGUAUCAGUUAAUGGAAAAAGGCUGUUGAUUAUUAAGCCUUUUUUUCUGGACUUCAGUUCUGUUUACAUUGUAACUAGACAAAAUGGUUCAGUUGGAGAAAGUUGAGCCAUUAGAUAUGACCGAAUACGACAAAUCCUUCAAUUCCAUCACCUCAACACUGACAAUGACACUUCACUCGAAAUUGCCUCAGACGGCUGUAUGAAUGCGUGAAUGGUUGAAUGUGACUUGUCCUGUAAAGCACUUUGAGGUGUCAAUAAGACUAGAAAAUAGCUAAAUAAAUAUAAUCCAUUUACCAUCAACAUUACAUUAUUCUCAGGGAUUUAAUGCAUGACUGGAAUGACAGAUGAAUAGAUACAGGGCUAUUCAUAAAACACAGGUCUCACGAUGACUAUGCUGGAGAGAGGAGCACUGAGGGAAGUGUCUGACAUGCACUGCAGCUUGAAGAGUUUAACCUUUCACAACUUUCUUCGCACGCGAAGCAACUCAACCUCAAUUCAGUUCUGCGUGACGACAUCAGUCCAUUCAAAGGAAAUGAGAUGCGUCACCGUAGGACUUCUUACUAGCUGGGUCGUUUAGUCUUUCUUAUGUAGUUGUGCUUUGUUGUUGGGGUUAACCUGGCAGUGGUUGUUGUGGGCGGCGGUGGCUCAGGAGGUCGUGACGUCCUCCACCAUCCUGAAGGUCUGCGGUUUGAUCCGCACUUCCCCCUUGUCCGCAUGUCGAUGUGUGGGUUAAUUUAAGGCAAAGUGUCAAGACCUGCCUCAUCUUUCAUCUUCUGGUAGUGUAUGAAGGUGACAGAAAGAAAAAGCGCAGUAAAAACUGUGCUGUGUGAAUGGGUCAACGUGACUCCAUUUAUGUGUGGGUAAGUGCAUACUGUAUACUUUUUAUUCUUAUCAUAUACUCUUUAUUCUUGUGUGAGUAUUUGUGCACCCUAAGGGCUGUCUUUUCCUAAUUUCUUUGUACUGUGUAAAGAGACAGUUAGGGGAUUCUGAUCAAAGUGGGCCCGACAACGCAAAAGGGCGGCCCACAAAGCAACCGUCCCACGAUGAUUUCCCCCAGUGCGACUAUACAUGAGACAUACAUAGAGAGAGAGAGACAGAGAUUUGAGGGCAUGACUUUCUCUUCUUAACACUUCAGUGAUCAUGGUUCAUCAUCUUGAAAACAUUAUCUGCUCACCUUGGCGCUUCUUCACUUUUGAACGCAACCUCUGUUCCGCUUUGAUAAGCGAGCUAAAUCAACACCUCUUCUAAAACAGUUCCGGCACAUGCUGAACAUAAUAAGCAUCACCGGGAACUUUUAUUGCUGGACCAUAGUUAGAUGUGUCCAUCUGUUACUCUGUGAAAAGUACAAUUGUUUGUUCAAGUUGUGUCAAAAAUCUGUUUUCAGUCUGAUUGCAUGUCAUUGUGGGACAGAGCCCUUAGCAAUGUAUUGUAUCUUGCUUUGUGCUGUUGGUGAGAUAUUGUGUUCAAUCUCACUGCCUGUAAGUUAUCUGGAAAAAAAGCAUUUUGUCCACUGACUUAAAUACUUGAAGGCCAUUUAAACUCCAUUAGUACGAAUCCUGCUUUGCUGUCUGUCUUGCUAAUAAACAAUUACAUCCAGACACCGGGAACAUAUCAGCGUUAACCAAGUUUAUUAAACAUGCCCGUUUCGUUGAUGAUCAA